AAUUCCAGACAUUUGAGUGCGACUUCGUGACGCGACACCUCAGACUUCGUACAUGUAUAUUUAGUUCCGUUUUUGGCCAUUAAUUUAACCUUGUAUAUGCAAGUUGUAGAAGUAUUUUAUUAGAUCCUAAAAAGUAUUUUGGCUAUUAUAGAAUUUUUAAACCAUGGGAUUUCUUGAAGAGAGGGACACGACUAAUUUACCCACUAUCCCCGAGUAUUAUAAGGGAAAAUGCAUUUUCAUUACCGGAGGAUCUGGUUUCAUGGGUAAGAUUCUGAUAGAGAAACUCCUAUACUCCUGUUCGGACCUGGAGAGAAUUUAUCUUCUGAUGAGAAGCAAGAAAGGCGUCAAACCAGAAGACAGACUUAAAGACUUGUAUUCUAUUCAGUGUUUUGACCGUCUCAGAAAAGAGAAGCCAGAUAUUUUCAUGUCAAAAGUGUCAGUUAUUUCUGGCAACGUCUCGGAACUUGGGUUAGGUUUGUCACAAGAAGACCGAGCUCUUUUAGUGGACAAAAUCAAUAUAAUAUUUCACGUCGCUGCAAGCGUGAGAUUCGACGAUCCCAUCAAAUAUGCGACAAUGCUAAACCUCCGCGGGGCACGAGAGCUCGUGGCGUUAGCUAAGGAAGUGAAAGAUUUAUCUUCUUUGAUCCACGUGUCCACGUCGUACUCUAAUACGAAUAGAGAGCUGGUGGAGGAGAUCAUGUAUCCGCCGCACGCCGACUGGAGAGACACCAUCAAUAUAUGCGAGACGCUUGAUGAGCAUACGCUGAACGUACUCACACCUAAGUAUCUAGGAGAGCUUCCCAAUACCUACACGUUCACGAAGCAGUUGGCGGAGCACGUUAUGUACGAGGAGAGAGGCCGGCUGCCCAUCGUCAUCAUGAGACCUUCGAUUGUAAUAUCAAGCUUGGCAGAACCCAUGCCAGGCUGGAUUGACAAUUACAACGGACCAGUGGGAUUGUUGGUGGCUAGUGGGAAAGGAAUCAUGAGGAGUCUAUACACAGAUCCUGAUAUGAUAGCUGACUACGUACCAGUGGAUGUGUGUAUGACCAGCAUCAUAGUGGCUGCCUGGGCUAGAGGGACCACUGAAUUACAACAAACAGACGACAUACCCAUAUAUAACUGCGUUUCGGGUAAACUGUACGAGGUUUCGUACAAAGAGGUGACUGACAUGGGCCGGGAGCUGGCUAGGAAGAUUCCUCAGAACAACAUCCUGUGGCACGUCGAUGGCAGCAUAACGACAUCUAGGACUCUGCAUUAUUUUAAAGUACUUGUACUCCAUCUAUUGCCGGCUGUAAUUAUUGACGCCAUUUUAUUGGCACUGGGUAGGAAGCCUAUGUUAGUCAAAGUCCAACGAAGAAUCUACAUCGUCAAUCUUGCUUUGGAAUACUUCAUAAUCAAGCAAUGGACAUUUGAUAAUAAAAAAUUACUCCAACUCAGAAAUACAAUAAAAAAAGAAGAUGAAAAACAAUUCAAGCAUAAGAUAGAAGAAAUGGACGUGUGGGAAUUCUUUUACAAAUCUUAUGUGGGGAGCAAGAAGUAUUUGUUGAAGGAGAAAGAUGAAGACUUACCGAAAGCUAAAGCGCAUGCUUGGAGAAUGAUGGUACUGGACUUUAUUGUGAAAUGUCUGUUCUACGCAGCAAUCUUCUGGUGGAUUCUGACAUCUUCAUGCACAAAAUGCUUCUGGGAGAGCCUGAAUGUUUACGUGCAUUAAAUCUGUGUAUAAA